AUGGGCUUGUCCAACCAGGCCCCAAAGGCUGGCCGCGAUGAUGCAGUGGACUAUCUCGAGUUCCAUACUGAGCGCGUUGAUGUGGAUCUGAUUGCGCUACGACGCAAGAUCGACCGCCGCGUACUCCCCUACAUGUUUUGCUGCUACGUUCUACAAUUUUUGGAUAAAGUCAUGCUAAAUUAUGCUGCCGUCAUGGGUUUGAAGCAAGAUCUCAAACUCACCGGCAAUGAGUUCACCAACACAGCCACGUGGUUUUUUAUUGCUUACUUGAUCGCCGAGGUGCCAAAUGUCUACUGCUUGCAGAAAUUCCCUGCCGCCAAAUGGCUCGGUGGGAAUGUCUUUUUCUGGGGUGUGGCUGCUGCAGCCUCGGCGGGUGCCCAUGACUAUCGAACUUUGCUGGUUGCACGAGUGUUCCUUGGUGUUUUCGAGGCAACGAUCGGUCCAUCGUUGAUGUUGCUGAGUAGUCAGUACUACACGCGGAGUGAACAGGCCCCAAGAUUUAUGUUCUGGUUCACGGGGCUGGGUGUCGCUCAGAUCAUAGGUGGGGUUAUCUCAUUUGCCUUUCAACAGAUUCAUCAUGCCGCGCUGGAAGGAUGGCGCAUCAUGUUCUUGAUGUUGGGUCUGAUCACCACCAUCGUGGGUGUGUUGACCUUUUUCUUCAUCCCGGAUACGCCGAUCAAGGCCUCUUGGUUGACAGAUGACGAGAAGACCGCUCUUCUCCAGCAUGUCAGCCAUAACCAGACCGGCCUGUGGAAUUCCAAGUUGCACAUAGAACAGAUCUGGGAAGCGGUGAUGGAUAUUCAGCUUUGGCUCUUGGUCAUUACGACCAUUUUGAUCUCGGUAUCCAGUGGGGUGAUCACCACAUACUCCGCGACUCUGAUCGCAGGAUUCGGGUUCUCGGGCCCCAUCUCAGCACUCCUCAACACCCCCUCCGGCAUAGUCAGUAUCUUCUUCACACUACUAGUCGGAUUCGGUAUUCGCAAGACAUCGCAUCGAUGGGCCUGGAAUGUUCUCUGUACCAUCCCAGGUAUCGUCGGGGCAGCCUUGAUGUCUUUCAUCCCAAAGUCGAACAAGGCCGGCGUGCUGAUCGGCAUUUACUUCGUCAACGCCAUCGUGGCCACGCUACCCAUCCUGUAUCAGUGGACGAUGGCCAACUGUGCCGGGCAUACGAAACGGGCGUUUGCCAGCGCCCUCGUCGCCGGAUCGUUCUCCGUGGGCAAUAUAAUAGGUCCACAGACCUUUCAGGCGCGCGAUGCGCCGGGUUAUCGUCCUGCUAAGAUCAUCGUUCUUGCGACGCAGGCUGCGGCAGCAGUGGUUACCGUGAUAUUAUUCUUGUAUUACCGCUGGGAAAACCGUCGCCGAGAUCAGAGACAGGGACCUGUGAAUGAGGCCCUUGUUGAUGAGCUCAAGUGGGCUGGACUAACAGAUAAGGAGAAUCCUUGCUUUCGCUAUGCUUAUUAA